UCAUAGGAGUAGGAGUAGGAGGAGGGAAGAGUAACAAGGGAUAGAGUAGCAAGCAAGCAAACACAGGCAAGCAGAGUAGGCCAGAGUCCGAGAUACUACAGUGCCUAUCCUUGAAACAGGACAAUGGGAGGGGAUGGAUCGUGGUCAUGGCGGAUGGAGCUCUUACCCGUGAUGCAGGAAGGGAAAAGGCCUCGAAUCCAAAAGUGCUCAUGCGGCGCUCCUGCAAGGGCAGUCCUUGGAGCGACUUCUGGAAGGCCUUGAUCUGGUCGGCAGCCACCUCGUUGAAGGUGUCGAAGCGAUCUGAGGUGUUUGUGGUGGCCGUCAAGGACUCGUUGACGGAAGCAGGCUUGGACGAGGCCGGAUCCGCUGCUGGCGGUGCUGCUGAAGCCGAUGGCGAAGCUGAAGCUGAAGCUGCGGCGGGUGCAGCAGGUGUUUGCGGCUCAAUCUCCUCGACGGCAGAGGAGAAGCGAACGGCGGCGGCGGGGGCUUCGCGAUGUUUGCUGGAGCUCGAGAUAUCGCCCUGAGCCGGCGACGGCGCCUGGGCGGCAGCAGCAUCUGCGCCGGCUUGAAGACACGCACAGAGGUCAGCACACUUUGCAUUGUUUGUGUCAUCA